CUCCUUAGUCCCGAUCUGCCCCGUGCCCAGCCCCGCAGCGCCGGUUGUUGCGUCCGGGGGAGCACAGGUUGAGACUCUGUGGACAAGGCCAUCUUCUCACCCAGCCAUGGCACCCACGCUUGCUACCGCCCAUCGCCGGCGCUGGUGGAUGGCGUUCACAGCCAUCAUUGAAAACCUGCUCUUCUCUGCUGUCCUGCUGGGCUGGGGGUCCCUCCUCAUCAUGCUGAAAGCAGAAGGGUUUUACUCCUACCUGUGUUACGAGUCAGAAAACAUCACCAGCAGCCCUCAACAUGAGAACAGCACAGAUUCAGAGCACAAAUGGCCUUCCUGCAACGCCCAGGAUGAGAUGCUGAACUUGGCCUUCACCAUUGGGUCCUUCCUGCUCAGUGCCAUCACUCUGCCCCUGGGAAUUGUCAUGGACAAGUAUGGUCCUCGCAAGCUGCGGCUGCUUGGCAGUGCCUGCUUUGCUGUGUCCUGUGUGAUGAUUGCUUAUGCUGCCAGCAACCCAGACUCUCUGUCUGUGCUGAUAUUCAUUGCACUGGCUCUGAAUGGCUUUGGUGGGAUGUGCAUGACAUUCACAUCACUUACGCUGCCCAACAUGUUUGGUGACCUUCGUUCCACAUUCAUUGCUCUGAUGAUUGGCUCCUAUGCUUCCUCUGCUGUGACUUUUCCAGGAAUCAAGGUUAUAUAUGACUUUGGGGUCUCCUUUAUCCUUAUUCUGCUUGUCUGGGCAAGCUGUGCAGGACUUGUUUUCCUCAACUGUUUCUUCAAUUGGCCACUGGAGCCUUUCCCAGGACCAGAAGACAUGGACUAUUCGGUGAAAAUAAAGUUCAGCUGGCUGGGAUUUGACCACAAAAUCACUGGGAAGCAGUUUUAUAAGCAAGUAACAACUGUGGGGCGCCGUCUCAGUGUGGGGAGCUCAAUGAAGGGCCCCAAGGAGCCGACAGCCUUGCAAGAGAACAACAAGCUGUGUCUGUCUACUGUGGACCUAGAAGUGAAGUGCCAGCCUGACAAUGCAGCUUCUCCAUCCUUCAUGAAGAGUGUCUUCAGCCCUAUCUUGUUGCUCAGCCUUAUCACCAUGUGUGUCACUCAGCUGCGACUCAUCUUCUACAUGGGAGCCAUGAACACCAUCCUUCAGUUUCUGUCUGGAGAUGAAGAUCAAGUGGCUCUCUACACUUCCAUUUUUGGGGUAUUGCAGCUGCUGUGCUUGCUGACAGCGCCUGUGAUCGGGUACAUCAUGGACUGGAGAAUGAAAGAAUGUGAUGAUGGCUCAGAAGACGAGGAGAGCAACGCUGAGCAAAGUGACAAGAAAAAGAAAAAGCGUGAUCGUCAGAUCCAGAAAGUCAUCAAUGCCACCAAUGCCUUUGUAUUCACAAAUAUCCUGCUGGUUGGAUUUGGAAUCACCUGUCUUAUUCCUAACCUACCUUUGCAGAUUCUUUCCUUCAUUUUGCACACAAUUGUGAGAGGAUUCAUCCACUCAGCUGUGGGAGGCCUCUAUGCAGCUGUAUAUCCCUCUACUCAGUUUGGCAGCUUGACAGGGUUGCAGUCGCUGAUCAGUGCCCUUUUUGCCCUUCUGCAGCAGCCUCUAUUUAUGGCACUGACAGGACCUUUGGAAGGAGACCCUCUUUGGGUGAAUGUUGGCUUACUUGGUUUGAGCCUCCUGGGUUUCUGCCUUCCAAUCUACCUGGUCUGCUACAGGCGCAAGCUAGAGAGAGAAAGAAAACAGAAGAUGGAGGAUGCCAAACUUUUCUUCAAAAUUAACGGCACUCCCAAUGAGGAAGCCUUUGUUUAAGCUGGUGCUUCAAGUAGAACCUCCCCUGUACAGGUUCCUACCACAUCUGUGGGUUCUACCUGUGGUGUAAGCCAGGCUUUUUCUCUCCUGGCUCUGCCAGUCUUUGCUCAUCACUGGAGUGAGGGCUGGACAUAGUGACUGAGCUUUCCUCAGAUAUACGGCAGGAGGAGACUUCCCACUCCUUACUCCAGAACAUGAGACACUUCCUUUUUAUAAAGGCCAUGCAGCUAUUGUGUCUUAAAUAAUCCCCUGAUCACACUCUCCAGUGACAGAGUAUCUCGAUAGGAAAUUGGGGAAGAGGGAAUGGAGCGAAGAAAGACCAUAAUUAUUUUUAAAAUGUAACACACUGAAGUCUGUUGUCACCUCCUCUUCCCCCACCCUCGGCUGAUAUGGUCUCAGAUGCAAGCUGCACUCUUCUCCCUCCCUGAGGCUUCAUAUAAUGGUCUUUCAGCUUGAUAUAUAGCUGGACCCAGUGAUUUUAACUGUCUAUCCAGAUAUACCCCAGCCUGUUUCUGAGACAGGGAAGGGGAUUUUAUUCCUACGUAUAUGAGCACAGCUUCAGUGUAUUGCUAAGUGUUGGCUGCUAGCACUGACAGCUCUCAAACCUCUUAUUAAUGCAAAUGACACAGACUGUGAGCAAUGGAUCUGCCUUUCACACUGCAAUGAAGAGCCUAGUAGACUGCUUGGUCCUGGACCAAGCCUUCAGAUGCCUGGAAUUCUUCUUCACAGCCUGCAAACCACCUGUAUGUGUUUUAAACUGUCUGCAGUCCUGGAGCCUCUGAGAUAGGAAUUGGAUCAUGUUUACCAAUGAAGUGCUUUGAGACUUGUUGCCUUUUGCCUCUUCUCCCCUCUGACAUGACCCCGUGGGGGGGGACCAGCAGCAUGUAUUUGGUAAGGUAGAGAACCUUCUUGAAGUUGAGUUCUGGGGCUCCAAAUGCCUUGGCGUUCAUGUGUCAUGCUGACUUGCUGUUGAAAAGAAUCAAGAGUGCAGAACACUCCUUUGUGUCUGGUAACUGGAUCCUUUAGACAUACAGCAGGGUGAUGUGGUGAUGUAAUUCUUACUUUAGCCAUAGCUUAUUUACGUUGUUCUGACAAUAGCCCCCAAGCUGCUGAACACCAGGUUACAGUGACUGACCAAAAGCUGCCAGUCUGGCUGUAUUAAGAGCUUUGUAUGAUGCCAAUGCUCUGUCUGGACAGAGCACAUGCUGAUUGAUUGUAUGAUGAAGCUGACUUAAAGAGCAAUACAUGUGGCUAAAGGUGGCCCAGGCUCGUUCACCACGAAGGGAAUAUAAAGGGAAUUCUUAACCUGCUUAUUUUUAUAGUUGCUUUUUUUUCUUGUCUGAAGUUGACCUUUCUGCCCUUAAUGUUCUUGAGGUCAGUGGCUCAGUCUCUGUAGCCUUGUGAUUAGUGUUAACCAUUGCACCAGUUGGACCUGCUCAGAGCAGGACUGUGCAGCACUGAAGAUGAACAACAUCACCAGUGGGUGUGCAGCAGCACCUGUGCUGGGCUGAGCUACCAGCUGUGGGAAGGUUGGAGGCAGAAAUAAAAUAAUGAAGAUGUAGUGUGGGUGCUUUCUGAACUGCCAACUCUUACAUUACAGCAAAGCCUGGCAAGGGGUAAGUCAGUCAACUACUUUGCCUGGUCAGAAAAGUACAAUACUCGACCACUGUCCUGUUAGGUCUGAGCUGGGGUUUACAAACAACAGAGCACAACUGAGCGGUAACUCCUCUGCUGGUGCCCUAAAGCAUAGGGAUGCUCAGCCCAUCCAGGCCUUUACCUUCCCUAAAGAACAAGCUGUGACCUCUGCCACUGGGUCUUGGCAGGACCGCGGGAAGCCCUGCAGAGCCCCUCGCUGGUGGCAGUGACACCGCAGGGUGUGACUUUGCGGGACCGCAGCGCCAUCUCGAGUCACUGCCUCCUGCGGGCACUUCAGGUCCUGCUGCACUCCAUGGUACCUUUGGUCUCGUUUUAAAUCGACUUGCCACUUGAGUAUUUUACACGUUUGUGGAUUUUAUUUUUUUUUAAAUAUGUUGCCUUUAUUAAAUGUGCUUAUUCUAAGGCAGCCUUAUUGCCUGCUGUCAACACUUCAGUCUUCUAGAACUCUUUGGCUUUUGUUGGUGUCUGGCUUUGGUGAUGACUUAGUGACCUGCCCAUUUUUUCUUUCGUGUUAAGCAAUAAUUAAGGAGGCAGAGGUUCGAUUAAUUUUCCUGUUCAGCUGGCAUUGUCUCAAGUACAUACUCAGAAACCCACCAGCAGCAGUAGAGCUUGCCUAGAUUUCCAGAGGGCUUUCUGCAGAUUUCUGCAUUUCAUAUCACUAUAACUACUCCUAAAUAUUUUAAGAUUCCUACUCAUGUUCUACUUGUGACAUGAUAGUGACAGACUAAGGUUUUUUUCUUUUAGUAAGGGCUCAGGCAGGAGUGUCUGAGCCACAGUCCUCAGAUUCACAGUAUCUCAAAAUAGAGGCAGCUGUUGGAAGGUGUCAAGGUGCAAACUCAGCAUUACUGCCACUUCAGUUUCAGAACACUGAACAUAAUAGUUUUCACUUUUUUAUCUCUUGAAUUCCUAAUAUGUCUUUGCAAAAUGAUGGGAUGCAGAGGGAUAUUUUCAUGAAGUAGCAGUGGAGGUGCUGCUGUCUUUGAAGUAUGUGCAGCUAAAUUGAACAAAGCGCCCUUUUAUUCCUGCCAACUACCUCCCACCUGCAAAUCCCCAUUCCUGCCCUUUUACUAGGAAUAUCAUCUAACCCAGUUUCACCUGAUAAAAUGGAUAUAUGUCCAUACUGUCUUUGCUGAUGUGCCAUGGUGUUCGGAAGCUGCUGGUCAGCUGUGAGGAAGAGAGCUCAUGCCUUCGAGUCACAGUUUCGGGCUCUGUUUGCAGCUUGAGAGUUAAAGUGUGCCUUUGGCUUUCAGUCACCAGGAAUAGUGGGUAGACAAUGAAGUUUUAGGUUUUUGGGGUUGAAGAGACAAAGAGGAGUGCUUUCUCAUGCAGCACUAAGUCAAACUGUGAGGUUCAUUGCUGCAGAACAUAGCGGGGAACAAAAAUAUAACUUUUUUAAGGGGCUGGUUAAACAAUGGUCUGAUGCAUUCACUAACUCAGGGAGAUUUUAAGUUGCUGUAAAUAAGAAAGCUAUGCCAAGGACAGAUUACUUUUCUACAUGCUGUCUCUUAGAAGUUGGUCAAAGGUGGAGAAAAUAUAUGCUGGGUGAGGUGGGACAUUGGUCUGAUCUUGUGGGGCUUAAUUUACUCUGACAGUUGUGAACCAAAUGAAUUUUAAAAUUAGUCUUAAAUUUGUCCAUUGAAAAAUUAUCUGCAUGCAAGACGUGCAAAUACUCUACUGAUUGUGGCAUAACUGUUUAAAGGCUGCACCUCCUGUGGAAGUGAGACCCACAGAAGAGUAUUCUGGCUUCAGCCUCUUAAAUAUUAUCUUGCACAGUGCAGAAACAAACACUGCUGGGAUGGUCCUGUUAGACAUGAUUGGGCAGUUUGCCUCUUUCUUUGCAUAUAGAAAUGUAAUGGCAGAUUAUUUACAUUUGGAAAACAGCAUUGCUGCACUCUAGCCAGGUGGUAGAGGACCAAGAAAUUUCCUGAUAUGCUGAUAUAAAUUUCCUGAUAUAUACCUUGUGGAAAAAUAAACAGGCUAACAAACUGUAUAGAGUCAUGUCCAUAUAAGCACAAUUUAAAGUGCUUAACUGCUUUCGUAAUUCCUGAAUGCUAGAACUUGUAGGUUGUUUUAUGCCUUAUCUGUGUAAGAAGAACAAGGAGGUUGGUCAUGGGAAAGACCUCAUUGCAGCCACAGAAGCUCCAUCUCUAACUGAAAAUAAUGGAGCAGAAACCUGACCUGUGAAUACUUUCUGUUUGUAGGAGCUCUCAGAGUCAAGGGUGUUGCUCUGUGAAGGUGAUUGCACCUUCUUGAAGCACUGCUUCUGGCCUCUGCAGACUCUUGCAUGCAUUUGAUAUGCAUCUGCAUUAAAAUAAAAAAAAAUUAAAGAAUGGGGAGGGGAUGACAGGUUUUCCUUUCCACUAAUCUGUCAGUAACUAACCCCCAUUGACACAGUCUUUAUAGCAGAGAAAAAUCUAUGUUUUGCUUAGUAGAACACUUACAUUCAGUUAUUGUUGCAGAGUAUCUGGAUCUUUGAGAUGAAACUCAACACAGAUGUAUGCAAAAAAAUCAAGUCUUUCUGAGAACUCCAAUUUAACUGUAAGGCUGCUACAGCCAUUGAAAUGUUUUAACUCCCACAACAGAGCUCGGCCUCUUCAUGCUCGUUUACAAAGCAAAAUUGCAGUUCCGGUGAUUUACUGUCUUAUUUAAAAUCUCAUUAUGUUUUAUAUUAGGAGGUCUCCCUCUUGACAGGCUGAUGAAUUUGGUAAAUGUGCCACAAAGUUGAAAUCGUACUGUAGGGUAAAAAGAAUGAAUCUUUAAAAAUACAAAUAUUGUUACUUUCUUUGGGUCUCUUAUGUUUAUGCAGAGCUUUUGAUACUCCCUACUUCCCAGUUCAGAAGUGCAAAGUAUUCAUAAUGGAAUCUAGUACUAGAGUAGGAUUCCUGGUGGGAAGGGACAGUUUCUUUUAAAUAAUAAUUUAAAAAGCCACUUUGGUUUUAUAUUUCACAAUGUUAUCUUCUUUGGAAUAGCUGAAAAAAUGUGUUAUAUAGCUGCAUUCUUACAUGUUAAUUAUAAACCCUACAUGGCCUUGUUUUCCUGCCUGUGCUGCUGAGCCUGUCCCUGUGCAAUCUGUUUUAUCAUGUCCUGAGUUCCAUAUUGUCAUCUUUCCUACUGCUGCUUGUCACUUCCUUGUGCCGCAAGCCUCUGCCACUUGCUUCUUAGUCCUGGGACAGUCCCUUUUUUCAGAUAAAUCUCCUUCUUAACCUGACAGCAUUAGCCUCCCCCACCUCCUCCUGUUCACAGAAAAUUUUUGUGGUGUUUGUCAAAGUUGAAUUGUAAGCUCCUUGGGGCAGGCCUGUGUCAUCUUUGUGUGUGUAAGGUGAUGUGCAUUCUUGCAGUGCUAUCUAAAAAUAAAUGUGGUAUGAAGUUAAUCAUUAGUUUUCCUUUUGAGGCUGAACAUAAUAAAGGUAUUGCUUAGAUCCUCAUGAGACUAGGUAAGCAUGACUGCUUCACCCUGUGUCAUCUGCUCAAUGGCACCAUGUAUGUUAAAUGUUUGACUAUUUCUAGUCUAAGCUAGAAGCUAGCAGCAAGAUACCAAUAUUUAUUGGAGGAAAAUCAUAAUAUCUAUAAAAUAAAUCGCCCAACACAAAAAAACCCCCAACAAAAUAUAAAGAGCAGCUUCAGAAAGAGAUCAGGCUCAGGCCUACAGCGUGAACCCGCUGACCAAAUGGUGAAAGAUGAACAACUUUAGCCUUUGAUGGGAAUGCUACAGAAGAGCUCCAGGCUCUCGACAGGAAAGCCACACUUUGGUUAUCCACGCUUGAGUUUGGUGAUGCUAAAUGUACAGUGGUGUUUCCGAUCAAAUAAAGGCAAUCCUUGCUCUGUCAUGCCUGUGACAAAGCGCAGUAAAAA